UGGGCCUUCUUUUACCUAUUUAGCCCUCUCCCCCUUCCACCCCAUUCAGACGCACCGAUUCAGCUUCUGAUUCUAAUCCAUGGAGUUUUUCGCCUCUUUCACUUCGAUCAAGCUCCGGAGCCACCUCUGUAAGUACUUAUUGGCGAACGACGAUCGCCAAACCGUUCGCCAGACCACUAAGGCCUCCGCCGAGGGCGCCAUUUGGAGCGUCGAAUUCGUCGAGGGAAAAAUCGGUGCAAUUCGUCUCCAGAGUUGCCAUGGCCGUUACCUUUCCGCUACUGACCUUAAUUUUUUACUCGGUGCCACUGGGAAGAAGGUGACGCUGCAAACCAAAUACGAAAAUCUCGGUGCGCCGUGGAGUGUGGAGUGGGAGCCUGUACGCGACGGCGAUCGGGUGAAGUUGAUGAGUUGGUGUGGUACGUUUUUGAGGGGGAACGGGGUUACUCCGCCGUGGAGGAACUCUGUGACUCAUGAUGAGCCGCGAUUCUCCUCCACUAAGGGGUGGAUUUUGUGGGACGUGGAAGCGGUGGAUGAAACUCCGAAGUAUUGUUUAUUGAUGAGUCGAAGGACGUGGUCGAUGUCUAAUUCUUCCGAUGAGUUUUCCGCCUCUGGAAAAAGUUCUCCGGCCACUCCCAAAUCUGUUCGGCGAUCCUCCACGUUCCAGCUCAAAUCUUGCUCCGCCAACAACCUUCGAUCCGCCAUGGAUUUCUUCCGCAACGCCAAGACCGUCCGCCUCCGCAGCCAUCACGACAAGUACCUGGUCGCCGACAACGACGAGGAGUCGGUUAACCAAGACCGUAGUGGAUCUUCCAAAACUGCUCGCUGGUCCGUCGAGUUUGCAUCUGGCGCCAGCUCUGACUCGAUCAUCCGUCUCAAAAGCUGCUACGGCAAGUACCUGACCGCCAGCAAUCAGCCUUUCUUGCUCGGAAUGACCGGGCGGAAAGUGCUUCAAACCCUUCCUCGACGGCUCGAUUCGUCUGUCGAAUGGGAACCCGUCAGAGAAGGGUCCCAGGUCAAGCUCAAGACCCGAUAUGGGAAUUUUUUGAGAGCCAAUGGGGGUCUACCGCCAUGGCGGAAUUCGGUCACUCAUGAUAUUCCGAGUCGAACCGCCACACAGGAUUGGAUCCUCUGGGACAUCGACGUUGUUGAGAUUCAAGUCCAGUCUGCAAAUCAUAAAGCUGCCACAAUUGAGCAUAUGGAUUCUCUGGAUUUCAACCCCGGCUCGCCCCCUUCUGCCUCUGGCAAAUCGUCCAAUUACCCUAGACUUGAGUCUACUGAUUCGACUGUUAGUUUACCUCCCAAAUCUGAGGGAAGGACGAUUUACUACCACGUGGCUGAUGAAAGUGGAGAUGUAGAUGAAGAUACAGUGGAGGGUUCUUCUUUUAUGUUCAAAGGAAAUGGGGUUGAGGAACUGACUCAUAAAAUGGAGGAAGAAACAGGAAUCAAAGGUAUCAUUGUGUGUACCCGCAAUCCAUUAAAUGGUAAUCUCUAUCCCCUUCGCCUGCAACUUCCUCCCAACAAUGCAACCAUGCAUGUGGUUGCCGUUCCCGAGUCAUCAAAAUUGGGGAAGGACUUCGAAAAACAACGUUUAUUAUGAAAUCCAUUGGGAACAAGAGAUUGAGGCUAUUACAUUCCUCAGAUGAGUCUCAGAUUGGUGCCUGAUGACCUUGGUUCCCAGCCAGUCACUCAUAUUCUACAUGUUUUUUUCAUUUGGCCACACAGAAAUAAUUACAACAAAAGCAACUUUGAAGCCAUAUGUGGAAGAUCAUAAAAGUCGAUUUAGGGAUUCCCCAGAAGAUGUGUAUUGAUGUAAAUCCAUGUCAGUAAUUGCAGCCAAAUUUAGGAAGCUUUUUGUAUCAUUGAUGUUUAAAGAAAAAACUGCAGGUUCUUGAAUAAAUCACCAGAAGUCCAUGCAGGAACA